AUGUCGAGCAGAAGAUCAAGAUCUAGGCAGUCAGCAUCUACUAUGAUCACUGAUGAACAGAUCACCGAUCUUGUUUCUAAACUGCACCAAUUUCUUCCUGAAAUCCGCAAUCGGUGCUCCGACAAGGUAUCAGCAGCGAGGGUGUUACAAGACACAUGCAGCUACAUUAGAAGCUUGCACAGGGAGGUUGAAGACUUAAGUGAGCGUCUCUCGGAGUUGCUGGAUAACACAGACUCCACCCAAGCUUCCAUUAUCAGGAGUCUACUAAUGCCAUAGAUCAUCACCCUUUAUAUUUUACGUUUUUAUUUCUUUUUUAAC